UGUUGGGACAGAAUUCCUGGAUUUGUCCCUUUGUCCAUGCCAAAAGUUAAUGGGCUCUAUUCUUGGCCGAGACCCGUCCUCUAACUAAGUUUCGUGGAAGUCUGUUCGGUAGUUUUUGUGUAAUCAGGGUGACAAACCAACAAACAAAGAAACAGACUCCAGUGAAUACGUAACCCUCUUGGCUGAGAUUAAUACAUUUUAUUGUCUGAUAUGACAGCGCACUAAAGAGGCCAAUCAACAUCAACAGCAAUUUAAGAAUUCUGAAUUAUGCAUCUUUUUUCUGCAUGAUAAUCUCUGAAAGACAGGUUUUCGUGUCUUUCCUGAUACUGAUAUACCUGUGAUAGGCCGAGAUAAUAUCAGCUAUGCUUUGACGGACUAACACUGAACGGGUGAGAAGGCAUCCAGCGUGUCAGUACGGGGCAAGCUGGUUAGAAGGAAAAUGUUUGAUCAGGGCGCAACAGAUACUGUAGUUAUCAGUAAUUCGGCUGUUUGCACUUCAUAGGAACAGCACCCCUGCUCUGAAAAUACACAGCUAUUCCGUCCCAGAAAUGUAUUUACUUUACUAGGCUGUUGUACCCGAUGCCCACUGGUAUAACAAAAAUGCAAACGUGAUCAUUUUCAUUCUGCAGAGGAAAUGCUGUACAUCUUGCUUGCAAUGUAAAAUCCGAGGAUGUUAAUAAUUACACCCCGAUCCGCACCUUGCUAUUAAAAAAACCUCCAACAUGCUGACUGCGCGGAAGGGUAAUAACAUAAUAUGCGAGUGGAGUCGAGUAAAGUCGGGAUCAAGAGACUCCAAUCUGUCAUUUUCUGUCUUGUGUGUCCUGGUUACCUUCACAUCACCAGGGGUUUAAUUACUGCUGAGCAAACCGCAGAGAUGCCUCAUGGGGCAGGAGACAAGGACGAGUUAAAAAAAAAAAAAAAAAAAAUCAGGUGGUUGCCAGCAAGCCAAGCUCAGACACGUACUGGAGCUGAGGAAUAUCGAGAUAGAGACUUGAGGAGGCGGGUGGGGAGGGGGACACGCUCUGCCAGGAUGAGAGCCGUGCCAACAUGAGUAUGAAUUGCGCGAGGGGAAGUACCUGGGUCGGAGGUGGGCAUCAAAGUGUGCUCUGAUCAAAGCUGUGUGCUGUGGAUUUUACCGUCUUCUGUUAAAUAUUCAUCCACAAUUUGCAUCUUGACAUCACUGAACUCCCGAGCCAUCCACUCAUGACAGGGGAAGUUGUCCCAGCUCCCUGUCCGGGGGACCCGGCUGCAGCAGCAACUGGCCCCUGCACCAUCCCUGGGGAGCCCGUGGAUGUAGAGUGUCCCAUCUGCUACCAGGAGUACAACCAGUACAACAAAUGCCCACGGAUGCUGGAGUGCCUGCAUGUCUUUUGUACCGAGUGCCUCCAGAGGAUCCAGCUCUGCCCCUGCGAGCCCCCCGACCCUCACGGCCCUCCAGCCAUCCCCUGCCCCCUCUGCCGCCACCUCACCGCCGUGGAAGCCGGUGAUGCCCUCUCCCUACCCUGCGACUCCCGCAUCCUGGCCAGGCUGCCCCCUGCGACCUUCCGCCUGCCCACGAUCAGGCCGACUCGCCUGGCCACGGUCACCCAGAGGGUGGUGCUCUCCCUGGAGGGGGACAGCAGGGACACCCGCUUCAUCAUCCUGCCCACCGUGAGCCUGCGGGUGCAGCAGAUGCACCCGGACAGGCUGUACGGCGCGGCCCCAGGCCUGGCUGGGGAAGGGGAGGUCAUACAGCAGAGCAAGAACACGCUGGUCUGUGUGCAGCUGCUGGCUGUCAUCUUCUGGGUGGUGUUUGUGAUCACCUGCGUGGUCGGGGUGGUGUUUGGGCCACAUUUCUUGAACAGGAAGUUUUGAUAAGAGGCAUGUUUCAUUCUUCUUUUGUGUAGCAGAUAUUAAAGUCAUAAUAUAGGCCACAGGAAAGCACUGUAGAAAGUAGGUUGACACAUUUUAGAGAGUAUGAACCUGAAAAAAAUGUUUUUCAGUUAUAUUUUCAUCGAGAUAUUUUUGACUUGUGUGGUUUUUAUUCAGACCAGAUCAUAUUUUGCGAAUGUCCCCAAUCUUUCACUGCAUAUGUGUUGCUGUUUCAUCGGUGACAGACGGAUGGAGAGUUCCCUCUAGUGGUUUAUUUGGAAAUGGAGGAACUGAAAGUGAAUUAAAGUGGUUCAGAAACUACAUGCACUUUCUCAUCCAAGGUUUGAUAAAGUUGUCUCUGACUUUCCCGCCAUUGUGUAAAAUUGAAUAAAGCCGGUUUACACAACACAUUUA